CCCGGGGAACUCUGCUUACCUCAGCCCGGGGCCCGACGCGCUAGACCCGAAGCGCGAUAGUGCGAUAUCAGAACUUCAAAACCUCCCGUGAAUACUUGCGCGCCUCGUCCUGCCGUCACCCUGCUGUUACUUGCGACUCGCCAUUAAUCUCGUCUCAUCCGCUCGCUCCUCACUCUCUACAUCUGAGGCUAAAUAUUGAUCUGCAUCUGAUCGUUCAAGCGCGAUGUCUGCGCCAGGCGGGGCCCCCAGCCCUGCUCCCCGAAGUGGAAGCAUGGGGCCCGGUGGUGGCAUGUCUAUGCCUCCUCAGCAGCCCAUGACCAACGCCGGGCCUGUCACUCCGGGUCCUCCUGCGCCUCCGCCGCCGCCUCCCGGAGGUCCGAUGUCGCAGCAGAAUCUGAAUCAAAUAGUAAGUCAUAAGUUUAACUUCAACUGUCUAUGUUUGUUGUUGGGGUGUACUAUGUUUCAUUGCGUCAUGUGCCUGUGCCUGGACUGCGGUGUGAUAGGGUGGUGUUACCCCGGUGUAUGCUUUCCGCACAUGGCUUGGUUAUGAUUAUGAACUGAGUCAGUUGUGAUUGUAUUCAAUCUUCACUAAAGGAGUAUGGGAAUGCCUACAUUUGCUAGUCCGGGCUUCCUCUUUG